GGUCCGAACCCCCGCAGGUGUCGGGUCGGAGCCCGGCGGCGCCACGUGGGCCCAGCCGGUGUUGGAGAGUUUCUCCCCGGGCUCCGGCUCCCUCCCCCCUGCUGCUCUCCCGCCCUCCCCGGGCCCAGGCGGGGUCGCUGCCCACCCGGCCCCGGGAUGGACGCGUCCUGGAGCAACUUCCUCUUCCAGACCACGGCCGCUCCGGACCAGAGCCAGGCCGAGCCGCCGCUGCAGGCCGAGCUGCUGCCGGAGCUCGCCGGCGCCGCCCAGACUCCCCCGGAGGAAAACGUCGUCUCGCCGCCGUCCACCGUCGACACCGCCGCCCUGAGCGAGGAGCCGCUGCCCGUGAAACCCCUGGCCAAGCCGGGCCGGCCCGCCCACAUCUGCGCCACCUGCAACAAGGAGUUCAAGAACAGCUACAACCUGCGUCGGCACCAGUCGGUGCACACGGGCGUCCGGAUGAAGGACCGCGCGGCGCGGGAGAAGGAGGAGGCCGGGAAGAAGCCGUCCAUCCCCCUGUCCCUGCUGCAGCUGGCCCUGCCCUCGCCCGCCCCCCCCGUCACGCCGGAGACGCUGCCCCAGCCCGGGCAGCUCACCGCCCCGCAGGGACACCCGCUCUCCGUCUCCAUCGCCCCGGCAACCGUAACCCUGGCGGCGCCGGCCCAGCCCAUCCAGGCCGUGGUUGUUGUGGGAUCCAUCGAGCAGAAUCCCACCCCCGUCCCCGUGGCCAGCGCCAACCAGGUGAGGAAGAACCACGCGUGCGAGGCGUGCGGGAAGGCCUUCCGCGACGUCUACCACCUCAACCGCCACCGGCUGUCCCACUCGGACGAGAAGCCGUACUCCUGCCCCGUCUGCCAGCAGCGCUUCAAGAGGAAAGACCGGAUGAGCUACCACGUACGCUCGCACCAGGGCGGCGUGGAGAAGCCGUACAUCUGCUCGCACUGCGCCAAGGCCUUCUCCAGACCCGACCACCUCAACAGUCACGUCCGGCAGGUCCACUCCACCGAGCGGCCGUUCAAGUGCACGACGUGCACGUCGGCGUUCGCCACGAGGGACCGGCUCCGCGCGCACCUGAUCCGGCACGAGGACAAGGUGCCGUGUCACAUCUGCGGGAAGCUGCUGUCGGCCGCCUACAUCACCGACCACAUGAGGGUCCACAACCAGUCGCAGCACCACGCCUGCCACCUCUGCAACCGCAGCUUCACCACCCUCACCUACCUGCGGGUCCACGCCCAGAAGCACCACGGCCAGGAGUGGAAGGAGAGCGGCGGGGCGCGGGGGGCGUUUGGCGGGGCGGGGGCCGGCGGCGUGCUGCUCUGCCAGCUCUGCGGGGUGCAGUGCAAGACCGCCACGCAGCUGCAGGGCCACAUGGGCACCCACGCCCAGCAGGGCGACCCGGGGCCCGGGCCGACGGGCCCGGGGGCCGCCGGCACCACCGGCAGCACCGGCGUGGCCGUCACCGUCUCCAGCGCCAGCACGGUGGGACUGCUGGUUACUGACUGCUCCAGUAUCGCCCCCCAGCCCCACAGCUAGCGGC